AUGUCUUAAAAAUCAAAAACACUAUUACAAUUACUUUAGCAACAAUAACAUUUCCAUGAUGAUAUAAAUACAUCCUUGGAGUCUAAUUACAGACAUAGUUCAGAACAUACAGAAAAGAAGUUUGAUCUCAAAUUAUAAAAAUCAAUACUUGAUCUCUAUUCAUAAAUUAAAAGCAAUAUCCUAAAAACUGAAGAUCAUGUAUAAAUCCUAUUUCCAAAUUAGUUGCUACUAUGUUAAAUAAGAAAAUUAGUUCCUUUGGAUAAGUCAGAAGAUCUUUAUACAGAUCCAAAUAGUUUGAUUUGUUAUAUUGGAUGUAUUUUUACAGUUCUUAUGCAAGAUAAAGUAUUUUUUAAAUAUUAUUAGUUAAAUUUAGAAUAAUAAGUAGAAGAACAAAAAACUAGAGAUUAAAGUGAUUAUGAAGAAUAAUUAAUUAAAUUGGAAGCAGAAAUAAGAUAACAUAUAAGAGUAUUUAAAUAAAUUAAAUUAGAUUGAAUAAUAAUUGAAAUUAUUUGCAGAAAAUACUCAAUCAAAAUUAGAAGAUGCUUUAAAAAUAAAAGAAGAAUUAGAAGAAGAAUUAUAAGGAAUAAAAAGUGAUUUUUAAGUAUUAUAUGAUAAAAAUAAUACUUUGAAUCAAAAACUAAGAUAAUAAGAAAAAGAAAUUUAAAUAAUUAAAAAUAAUAGUACAAUUGAAACUACAAAUCAAUCUCUUAAAUCUACCUAAAAUAAUCAAAAACCUUUAAAUAAAAAAGAUAAUAUAGAAAAUGAAUAUCCUAAAUAAUAAUCUAUUACAAUCAAUUUAUAAGUAGAUAAAUAAAAACCUCCUCUAUAAGAUUAUGUAUAAUUUAUAUAUAUAUAUAAUUUAAUAGCAAGAUAGACUAUAAACAGAUCCAUAAGAUGAUUAUUUUAAACCUAGAAAUGAUUCUCAUAAAAGAAUUAUUUCUACUCAUGUUGCAAAUACUUAAAAUAACAAAUCUAGUUAUUUAGCUAUAAGAACACAAACAGAAUCAUGUGAAUAUUAAGAUAGAAAAAGAAAAAAUAAUUCAUCUCAUUAUGAAACUUCAAAUGUUACUAAACAUUAGAGAAAUAAGACAGCUUAAAAUGUAUUAAAUCUGAUAAGUAAUAAAUAUACUUAUAACAGAAGAUUAAGAACUUAAACGUUAAUAAUCAGUAAAAGCAUGUUAAGAUAAAGUUUAAACUAAUUAAAAUAAAGGUAUUAAAAAACCAUCAACUUCUUAACAUGCUGAACCUAAUAGAUCAAACAAUUCUGUUCAUAGUUUUCGUAAAUAACCUACUGAAGUUAGUCAAAUUCCUAGACCUUUUUCAUGUGCUGAAUAAAUUGAAGAAUCACAUCAUUCCGUAAAUUAUAUUAUUUAUCAUAGUUUUAAAAAGAUCUAAGUAUGGAUAUGGGUAAUUAUUAGAAAUAAAGUGGAGAUUAUUAAGAUAAUUAACAAUAAAUUAAAAAGCUAUUAUAAUAAUAUUAAUAAAAACAUAGUUUAAAUGACACUUUAACUAAAAAAUUACUAUAAGAAUAUAAAAAAAGACAAGGAUACAACUGCAAAACAAUAUAUUGA